CGUUCGUCUUUUUCACCGUUCGUGAAAAUUGUGAUUUUGUCAGUGCAAAUCUUCCAAAUUCCUCUCUUUUGUUGCCGUAACUCGUGCAUCAGCUGCUGCCCGUGAAGAAAAACCCAUUUGCGGCAAGAUGAGUCAAACGGAUCUUGCUCCGGCGGAGGACUUGAACGGAAUUACACCCAGUGACAAUGAAAACCCUCCGGUUGGUCACCCGCAGAAGCGUGCCGUUCGAGGAGCGAAAAAGUCUGUCAGCAAGCAGGAUUCUCUGCCGAUUGAGGAAGCUCUGAAGACGGAGCUUACCGGUACGAACAACAUGAAGACACCGAUCUCGGUGCUGCAGGAGUUGCUGAGCCGGCGGGGAAUCACCCCCCAGUACGAUCUUAUACAGGUAGAGGGAGCGGUCCACGAGCCGACCUUCCGAUAUCGUGUUUCGUACCAGGACAAGGAUGCCAUGGGAACGGGCAAGUCCAAAAAAGAAGCAAAACAUGCUGCCGCUAAGGCACUGAUAGACAAGCUGGCUGGUAAUGCAUUCGGGGAGACGCAAACUGGAGGACUAAAUAUUAAAGCUGAAGCCGGAACCGAUGGCGAGGACGAACCAUCGGGCAACCCCAUCGGUUGGUUACAGGAGAUGUGCAUGGCCCGCCGCUGGCCACCACCAACCUACGAAACGGAGAUGGAAGUUGGUCUGCCACACGAGCGGCAGUUUACCAUUGCAUGUGCGGUCCUGAAAUAUCGGGAAGUGGGCAAAGGCAAAAGUAAGAAAAUUGCCAAGCGGCAGGCAGCCCAGCGUAUGUGGCAACGGCUGCAAGAUCAACCGCUGGAACCGAACCAAAUCAUCCAGAUGCUGGACGAGGAAGGCAACGAAGAGCUGAAGGCGGCCAGCAUUUCCGGGCGGUACGCCGGACUGAAGGAUGCUCGUAUUCCCAGCCUGACUACCGGCCACGGCCAAAAAGUGUCCCAAUUUCACAAGGCUCUGAAGUCGCGCAGUGGUGAAACAUUGCGCCAAUUGCAGGUCACGUGUCUGAAUGACAAGUCAAUCGAUUUCGUUCAAAUGUUGCACGAUAUCGCUUCCGAGCAGCGCUUCGAGGUGACAUAUGUCGAUAUCGAUGAAAAGACCUUGAGCGGUCGCUUCCAGUGUUUGGUUCAGCUGUCGACGCUGCCGGUUGCCGUUUGUCAUGGAAGCGGUAUCACAACCAAGGAGGCUCAGACGGCAGCAGCGCGCAAUUCGCUCGAAUAUCUGAAGAUCAUGACCAAGACAUAAGCGGAAGAAAAGGUAUUGCAAGAACGUAACUCGGUUGAUGAACUUAAAUCUCGCAAAGAACAACAGCAAAGAGACGAAGCACUCGCAAAGUAAGCCAUUCCAGCAGGUCGUGUUCGAGCGGAACCCUACAAACGACACUCUACUGUUCAUAUUGUCCGCUUCCGAACACGUAGCAAUUUGCGAGACGCAUCCACAUCGAACCGAGAGAACCAUCUAUCUGUAGCGUGUAGUAGCAGAGUCAAUGCAAUCUUGUUCACACCUCUCCCGACGCCUACACGCUCGGAUGGAAUGCCACCGCCAUUGGGCGUAAACAUUUCUUAAAACAAACACAUUUUUACUCUAGGUAUUUGUCUAACGUUUAUCAAUAAUUUUUAAUGAUUUUGGAUGUUCUUAUGCUCCCGGUUUGUAUUCUCUUUUGAGAAUAAUAAUGAAAGCGUUUAUUUCAUUGGACUAUCAUUGUAACGUUCGUUUGUCUACUUUAUUUUUGUUUGUUUGGCCUUUCUAAUAUUAUGUAUUACAGUUUAGAUAUUAAGGUUUUAUUACCCUGAAUAGGCCUGAUUUAAUUUUCCACUGCUCUAUUGUGUAAACUCAAUAAAAAGUUUAUCGAAUCAGAUUAACUAAAUACAUAAAUAACUAGUAAUCGCUAUGAAACAUUUAUUCAAAGAAAGCAAAUUAAAUUAUAACUACUCUUAGCUACACUGAAGCAGAUGCAAAAACCGAUUGCAAACGUUUUGCAAGGUAUGUGUUGUAUAAUUUGUCAAUCUGCAUUUGUGCAAAGUAAAUAAAAUUCCUUCAAAUUAAGUAAAUCGUGAAAUCAGACCACAUCAACAGAGAAAUAAUGGUCGUUGCUUGUCAAUAAGAGCCCAAGCAAAACCAUUCGAGUUAUUUAUGUGUAUAGUAUAAUACGAACCUGGCAACACAAAAGUAUAAUAAUCGCUGCAUCUUGGAUCAAACAAAGAAAAAUAACUAGAAAACAGCGCAAUUUUUACGCAAGCAUUCAAACCAGAAGUUGAACGAAGCCCUUUCUUUCGAAUUACAAAUAUUGGAAGCAAAAAUGUGUGCGUAUUGAAGCCAACCAAACCAAUAUAUGCACCAGAUUGUCGCUUUCCUCUGGCGUUGCUGGACACGGAGAGUAAAAGUCUUGCAUAAAUCACCAUAAUACAAGCUAUACUUUGCAUAGAAUUAGUGGGUUUUAUUUUCCAAGAAAAUAUAUAAUACAUCCAUACUAUAAUCGUAAUGAACAGGUUUUGCCUCAGUUUUCAGCUUUCGUUUAUUGCAAUUGAAUGGAACUAUAAUCAUUCGUACUUUGACAUUUGGUUUUGUGUUUUUUUCAUCUAAUCGAGUUAUGGUAAAAAAGAAAUAGUCGCUACUUUGUAUUGAUUAUUGAACAAUUGCAUCGUAAAUGUAUUUGCUGUCAUUGAAAGUAAUCAAGGAUCAAGUUUUAAAGUACACGAUAAUAAUGAUGAAAAGAACAUAUUACUUGAACACAACGCCACACAAAUGAAAGCAAAAAGAUAUAUGAAUACAAUUAGUGGGAUUUUUUCAAGCAUCUAACGAAUUAAAAAUAUAUAAAAGAAAAACAAAAAAAAAAUCAAUCAGCAUGAAGGAUUAAAGUCCCAUACUUGUAGGAAAAUGGGCAUUAUUUUAAUGCAAAGUAUAGAGGUUGUAACAAAUCAAGCAAAAAAAAAACAACGGAACGAUGAACACAAUACAUAUGAAUGUAUCAUGUGUACAAAAUAUGCUUCUUCUAGA